CAGGCUAACGAUUUGGGAUUGGAAUCUCAAUAGAAGUCAGUGUCAUGAAAGUGCCAGGCGGGCUGUCAAAAACCGAACUCUUCGCCACAGGACUCUGUGUCGCCUUAAUGUCAGUGGCCCUCUCAAAUGCUCUCGACUGCUAUGUGUGCAGCUACAUGGAUGGGGACAGUGAUGCCUCGUGUGUGAAUAACGCCAGUGCGGUUAGAGUGCUCAACUGCACCAUGAAGUACUGCCUUACGGUGCGAAAAGAGCUGAAGCGCAACGCCAGCAAAGUGAUAUCAUUUUUGAGGGACUGCCAGGACGAACCUUUGAUUAAUCAUGGAAAUAGGCCAGACGACACCAUUCGCACUUACUACACAUCCUGCAAGCAGAACCUCUGCAAUGGUCACAAUGGCAGGACUAAUAACUCCACAGGAGGAGCAAGUGGCAGUGGCGCCCAAAAUGCCAUCAUUCCCGGAAAGAGUAAUGCCCAAAAAAAUUGUCUUUGGGCUUGGUUACUAAACUUGUUAUGGUUUCAACUAAUUUUUUAACUUAAAAUAUAUUUAAGGAUAAAGGGUACUUUGUAAAAAUCUAGUAUUAGUGUUAUUUAAAGUAAUUAAAGUACUUAAAGCCA